AAUUACACAAUUCUACUAUUAUACAAUCUGAUGAUAAUAACCAACCAGAACUAUUAUUACGUCCCGUUCUUUCUCUUCAUGCUGCGCUCUCUUACGUUGCAAAAUACGCCAGCAAAUCAGAACCACGUUCUAAGACAUUCAAUGAAAUAUUUUCUGAUUAUCUUAAUAGCGCAAGACCCGAUAAACUGGCUUUAAAGCCAAUUCAGAAACUUUUAUUGCAUACAGUAUCUGAACGGGAUUUUUCUACUCAAGAAACAUCGCAUCUUCUUCUUAAGUUACCAUUAGUUGUAUCAUCUAGUGUCUUUUUAAUUCUUGAUCUUAGUGAAGAUAUUUUUGAAGAGUUUUCUUUAUUUAACUUAAAUCAAAAAUAUAUAUAUAAUUCUACUACAAAUAAAUGGACUCCACGAAAAAAAAAUUGCAUUAUUAGAGUUUGGCCCCACCCAUCAUCAGUUCGCUUUGGACCAUCAUGGAAAGAUUAUUGUAGAUUAAAAGUUCUUCUCCAUAUUCCUCAUCGAAGUAUGUCUGACUUUGCUCAAGACAAUACUAACAUUGACUGGAUCGAAUUAUAUAAUCAGUUUUCUAAUGAAAUCGAACUUGAUGGAAAUGAUAUUCUCGGUAAGCCAACAGAUAAUGAGGAAAACUGGGAAAGUGAUAAUGAAUAUGAAGAACUCGAUGAAAAUAACAUUAUAUUUCAAGAUCCAUGGAUGCAAAUAGCUACAAACAAUUUACAAGCCAUAAAUGAUAGCCUUGGAGAACGUUCUAUGGAUAUUAAUUAUGUGUGGACAGGAUCAUAUGAGGCAUUUCCAAAUCUCAGUGAAGCAGCAUCUUUUCUAGAACAAGCUAAAC